AUGGAAAAACAUGGGGAUGGUACGCAGGACCAGAGCAUCCUCCAGAAAUCUACCCGAGGCGUCACCUUCUUGAUGUUCAGUCAACUUUUUGCCAAAAUUGUGACCUUUUUACUGAACACCUUGUUGGUCAGGUAUUUGUCCCCCAAAGUGUUCGGUAUCAAUGCCUUCCUGGAGUUUCUGCUUUCUACUGUUCUCUUCUUCAGCCGAGAAGCAAUUAGAAUGUCCACACUAAGAAUAAAGGCACCCGUUUCGCCCGCGUCACACGACGAGUUCCGCAACGCAGACGACUCAGAGACGUUUGUUCUGCAGUCCGUCAUCAAUUUCGCAUAUAUCCCAAUAUUUAUUGGGCUUCCACUGUCACUAGUGCUCGUAGGAUGGCAGUACAGCAAUUUGAAUGAGUACUUCAUCUCUCUACCCUACUUUCAGUUAUCGAUCGCGACAAUAUGGAUAAGUAUUGUUUUCGAACUUCUCAGUGAGCCAUUCUUCAUAGUUAACCAAUUCAUGUUGAACUACAAGGUGCGAAGCCAGUUUGAGAGUAUAGCUGUUGUCGCGUCUUGUAUUGCCAACUUUUCCAUUGUUUAUGUUUACGAAAACAAGAUCAAUGGAACUGGCCUAGGCUCUCACGAUGCGGCCAAACAGGAAGGCAUUGCGAUCUUGGCGUUCUCGGUUAGCAAGUUUGCACAUUCGCUAGCCCUCUUGUGUUGCUACUAUUUUGACUAUGUUUCCCGAUUAUCCCGGGAAAACAACUUCAGUAUGCGCCUCACGAAACUUCGCGCGUCGGAACGCACUCUACCUUACUACUUCCAAAGCGAUAUCCUGCAGCACUUCAAGAAGGUUUAUCUGCAGUUGUGUUUCAAGCAUUUGCUCACGGAGGGUGAUAAACUGAUAAUAAACUCCAUGUGCACGGUGGAAGAACAGGGUAUUUACUCACUGCUGUCUAAUUAUGGGUCUUUACUCACCAGGUUAAUAUUCGCGCCCAUAGAGGAGUCGUUAAGAUUGUUUUUGGCGAGGCUACUGUCCGUUACCUCGGCAACAAACGUUAAGCUGUCUAUGGACGUUCUAGUGAACCUUACAAAGUUUUACCUGUACUUGUCACUGCUAAUAGUGGUUUUCGGUCCUGUUAAUUCGCCUUUCCUAUUACAAUUCCUUAUUGGAAGUAAAUGGUCCAGCACCACUGUCUUGGACACUAUCCGGGUUUACUGUUUGUACUUACCAUUCUUAUCAAUCAACGGGGUGUUUGAAGCAUUUUUCCAAAGUGUAGCUUCAGGAGAGCAUAUUUUAAGGCAUUCCUAUUUUAUGAUGGCAUUUUCUGGCGUUUUCUUGGGCUCCUGCUGGCUAAUGAUUGGCAAGUACAAGAUGUCUCUAGAGGGACUGAUACUGAGUAACAUUAUCAAUAUGAUUUUGAGAAUAGCAUUCUGUGGAUGGUUUAUUGGUGAUUUUUACAAGAAUCUUUACUCGGACACUCAGGCCAAAGACACCUCAUUUUUGUUGAACUUCCGUAACUUCAAGAUCGUAUCCUUUGCCGCAUUCAUUAUCGCAGCAUCUAACUUUUAUCUCUUUGGAGUCGUGAAGAGUUUCCCACAAUUCUUCACUAACGUCGCAUUCGCCGUCUUACUGUUGGCUCUGAUCAUAUACAAAGAAAAAGAUGUGCUUAGAAUUUACGUUCAGAACAAAAACGAUGCAAAGAUCGUGUAG